CUGGCCCCUAGUCUCCCGUCCUUGAUCUCAAGUAUUGUAUUGAGCGUCCUCGUCUUCAAUCCUCGAUACGAUAUCCGACAGCCCAACACCAACUCACUUCUGUACCCUCACUCUCGCCCAAUCUGUCAAACUCCAUCCAACGGUCUACUCAACAUGGAUCCCUUUUCAGGAGAAGGCGAACUUCUCAAUAUAAGCACAGCCUUCUACACACACUCCUACCAGGCUGUUCUGGACUUUGAAACCUCCAGUCUCUCUGCCGAGAACCAAAAAAACGCCCAAAUCCUCAAGUACCGAGCCCAGAUCGCAUUAGGGCAAUCGUCCUCAGUCCUCUCAACCCUCAAAUCUCCCAAAGAUGCUGCCUCUAAAGCGAUCGUGGCUCUAGCCCAACAAAAAUCAGACCCUUCAACAGCACUAGCUACAGCAACAGCCCUUGCCGAGUCAGAUCCAGAAGAUGCGAUCGUCCAGGUCGUAGCUGGCACCGUGCUUACCGCAGCUGGAGAAUACGCUCAAGCCAUUGACCUUCUCAGCAAGCAUCAGGGUAGCCUGGAGGCCGUCGCUUUACUCACACAAAUACAUUUGAUCCAGAACCGAACCGAUCUUGCCGUCAAGGAAGUCCAGGCGGCGAAAAGAUGGGCUCAAGAUUCCCUGUUGAUCAAUUUGGCCGAGGCUUGGACAAAUUUGAGGGAAGGUCCCAGCGACAAGUAUCAAUCCGCGUUUUACGUCUACGAGGAGCUGGCCAAUACUCCUGGAAAUACAUCCCCAACCUCUAUUGUUGGCCAAGCAGUGGCUGAAAUUCAAUUGGGUCGAACAGAAGAAGCACAAGCCGCGUUACAACAAGCGCUUGCUUCUGACAAUGUCGAUGUCGAGGCCAUUGCCAACAGCGUUGUUCUCUCAAGUGUGCUUGGGAAGAAGCCAGAAGCUGUCCAAGAGUUGCUGAAGCAAUUGGCAGACAAGGAUAAAGAGCAUGCUCUGUUACGAGAUAUCGCGGAAAAGAGUGACGCUUUUGACACGGCUGCUGCAAAAUAUAGCGCAAAGGCAACGGCUUGAAGGGGCUAAUCUCUUGAAAUUUCCAUCUUGCGACAUCUUAAAAGGAUAUCAGUCGCUACCACGGGACACCCAACAAGACCAGCAUGACUUCAAGCUCUCUCCGGCAAAUCAGUUGUGCGCAAGUCGACAGAUGAUGGAACUUGUCAAUCAAAAGAGACGAUCUCGCUUCGGAGUAAAUCGAACCACGCACUCUAGUCCCAUUCUCCUGGGACGUGUCUAGACCCAGAGCAAAGGACAGCGAUGUCGCCGCGAUAUGAACACAACGAGUGAUGAGAGAUGACAUAAGGUUACAGACGGAAGAUGAGCCAUCUCGAGGUCGUGAUACCAAUUAGGCUCUGUAGGCUCUGCAAUUCUUCCUGCAGGAGAACUGACUAGUCCAAGCAUCAUGCAAUGAUAGAAGCCUUAGGCUCACUUUCUCCCCAAAAUGACAUUACCAUGCCUCAUAA